GCCAUAUUGUUCAAGAGGAACAGAAGGUGUAACCACGCCAUUGUGCACAUCAUAUUAAUUUUCGACUAUUUGCGUAAAUAAGAAGUAAAAAAAUUAAUUAAGUACAUGGACAACAUGUACAGUAAUAAUAUUGACCCCUGGGAACCAGGUUAUGGUCCUGAAAGAAGAGGGCAUAAUUCAGAUUAUGAUUAUCGUAAUGAUUAUGGAAGCAGUAGAUCACCAGAGUAUGGAGAACAUCGUGACAAUGAUCAUAGAGAUAGAGAUCAUCGUAGUCCAGAAUAUAGAAAUCACAGAGGUCGAGAUAGAGACCGCGAAAGAGAUCGUUCAAGGGAUAGAAGGGAUCGUAGCAGAGAUGAUAGAGAUCGUAACUAUAGAGACAGAGAAGAUCGUUACGGAAGGCAAAGAGACAGAGAUUCUGUAGAAAGAGAGAGAGAUCGGGAUCGCGAUCGCGAUAGAGAUAGAGAUCGCUCUAGAAGAGAUAGAGAUAGAGAAAGAGAUCGAGAUCGUAGAGGGAAACGCGAGGAAAGAGAUCGGGAUCGCGAUGAUGAUCAUAGCCGUGAAAGUAUGGAUUUUGAGCACGACCAUGGACGUACUUAUGGUUCGUCCAUGGAAGGCAUCCACUACAAAUCUCAAUCUCCAAACAACACCAUAAUGAUUCGUGGGCUUGCUCAGCACAUUACAGAAAAUGACGUGCGGCAAGACAUCCUCAACUGUGGUCUCAUGCCCAAGGACAUCAGGCUAAUUCGUAAAAAGGAUACAGGUGCUUCGCGAGGUUUUGCAUUCGUCGAGUUUAACGCGACUCAGGAGGCCGCACGGUGGAUGGAGAUGAAACAGGGAGUACUGAUGCUGCAAGACCAAUAUCGUGCUUUGAUGCAGUACAGUAUACCAAAAGAUUGCCAUGUAGAUAAACCACCUGCAAAAAAUACACAAGAUUGGCAUUGUGUUAAGUGUGGUGCACAUAAUUUCAAGAGGCGUGAAACAUGUUUCAAGUGUUCUGCCUCUCGAGCAGAGAGUGAAGAAGGUGGGGAGGGUAGUGAUGAAAUUAGUCCUCAUCCUACGAAUACAGUUCUUCUUCGUGGAUUGGAUGUAUUGACGACCGAAGAUUCAGUCUUACAGGCAAUGAAAAAUCUUUCAUCAAUGCCGAUACGUAGCAUCCGUAUUGGACGUGAUUCACUUACAAAUACAUCAAGAGGUGUUUGUUAUUUAGAAAUGGGCAAUGUUGUUGAUGCUAUGUAUUUACACACAGCUCUUACAAAACAAGGAUUGGUAGUAGAUGGCAGAAAAGUGGAAAUUACUUAUUGUAAACUUCAUCAAAUAAAUAAUACCAAUACAUGGAAAGGAAAUGAUAAUCAACCACAAAGAUAUACUUUAGACGAUGUUGCUCAAUUAGCAGAAUAUAGUGCUAAUUUAUAUGCUAAAACACCUGCACAGAAAGCUCACUAUCUUCAGUAUUAUACACAAUAUUAUCAAAAUCAAAUAAUGCAAGGAUCUGCUAUUACUUUGCCAUCUUUAAAUCAGACUGAUCGAGUGAAUGCAGCUGCAGCUGUAGCACAAUCUGCCAUACAACAAUUACAAGCCUCCAGAAAAUUAGGAGAUUCUGAAGAAAUGAAAAACAGACCAACACCUACAGCACCUACUAGUACUGCUUUAGCAACUGGAAGAGUACCCGCACAUGGUAGCGAUGGUAAAAUAUAUUCUGUACCAGAUGUUAGCACUUAUCAUUAUGAUGAAUCAUCAGGUUAUUAUUACGAUCCAAGUACAGGAUUAUAUUAUGAUCCUAAUUCACAAUAUUAUUAUAAUAGUCAUACGCAACAAUUCUUAUAUUGGGAUGCUGAAUCAUUUUCAUAUCAACCAGCAAAGACUGCUACAACUGUAGCUCAAGCAACUGGAACUACAUCUAGUGGAACUACAAUAACUGCGACAGCUAGUAAUACUGAUUCAACAAACACGAUUACGAAUCAAGCAACAACUUCGUCAGUUACUACUGCGACUCAAGAAAUUUCAAAAGAAGAUGAAAAUAAAAAGAAAGACAGCAAACAGGAUAAAGUUAAAGUGGCAAAGAAAAUAGCAAAGGAUAUGGAACGUUGGGCAAAGACUUUAAAUCAAAAGAAAGAGAAUGCAAAAAGUAAUUGGAAUUCCGAAUUUGCUGGUGGUGAUGGCAAUCAAGGUGUUGGAAGUGGAGCUGCGGAUGCAGGAUAUGCGAUAUUAGAGAAAAAAUCUCUUGCAAAUUCUUAUCAUGAAGAUGAAGAUCAGAGUGGAAAUAAUGGUUUGGUUGCUGCUUAUGGUGGCGGUAGCGAUACGGAAGAGGAAAUAGAAGAUGUGCAACAAGAAGAAAGACAACAUACAGAUUGGAGUAAAUUAGCAUGUUUAUUAUGUAAACGACAAUUUCCAAGUAAAGAAGCAUUGCUUCGUCAUCAACAAUUAUCUGAUCUUCACAAACAAAAUUUGGAGAAUUGGUAUCAAGUACGCGGUUUGGAUCCAAACGAUCCACAGCAAAGAAACAAUAAAUAUCGCGAUCGAGCUAAGGAAAGGAGAGCGAAGUAUGGUGAACCAGAACCUCCGCAACCAAAUAAACUUAAAGAAAAAUAUUUAAAAACUAGAGUUGAAGAAAUACCAGUAUCGUACGAAGAACCAACAAGAGCUGGUAUUGGUUCAGAUAAUGUUGGUAAUAAGCUUUUACAAAAAAUGGGUUGGAGUGAAGGUAUGGGACUUGGCAAGUCAAAUCAAGGUAGGACAAGUAUUAUCGAAGCGGAAAGAAGGGUUCCUACAGCUGGUUUAGGAGCGAAAUCAUCUUCAUAUAGUGCAUUACCGGGAGAUACAUAUAAAGAUUGCGUAAAGAAAAUGAUGUAUGCGCGUUAUCAAGAACUAUCUGAUACAUAAUAUCUUGAGAUCAUUGAAAAUAGAUUUUAUAUAUAAAUAAUACUUGUACUCAAUUUUUCAUAGAUAAAUAGGUAUAUAUAUGCAUUAUCCGAAUAUGCUGGUUGUAUCUGGUAAUUAAAGCGUGAUAAUCCAUUCUUAGGAAUACAUAGAAUUUUUUUAUUAGCUUUUUUUUCUUUUACAAUUUGGUAUUAUAUUUUAUCAUUUUAGGAUUUUUGAAGACAACAGAGAAUAAUUAUGUUAUUAGAUAUAUUUUUUGCAUUGAACCUUAAUAUGUUAUCUUAUGAGCUGGCAGAAAAAAUACAACAUUUUGACACUUUAUUCAUAUGACUUUUGAAGUUUACGAUAUAAUAUGCAAUAAUAUAUGUUUCUUUAUUUAACAAAAAUUAUAUAUACUUAGAAAAUAUAUACCUAAGAAUGUAUCACAAGUACCAGUAACUAAAUAAUAAUUCUCUCACUCAGCGAUUUUUGUCCAACUAUUUGUGCACAAUAUAGUACUUUUCGUACUUUAUACUGAAGCAUUAUGAAAUAUUUAACGAGAAUUAAUUUAUAUCAUUCCAUUUAAAUUUCGUAAUGCUUAUUAAAUAAAAAUUAAUUCGCAUACUUAUGAUUCAGUACAAUUAAAUUCACCACUAGUGAAUAUCACCACUAUCGUAUAUUUAUUAAUUAUACUGAUUUACAUUAAAUUUCAUGAUUUAUGAUGUAAUUAUGUCAAUUUUACAUGCUUACAUAUAUAUGUAUAUAUAUAUAAGAAGAUAGUUAUAUUUAUACUCUUACAUAUAUAUUUCAUAUUUCUUUUUAUUAUGAUUUAUUCCGUAUUUUUGGAGAUCACAAUCUUCACUAUACAUACACAUUUCUACAGUCAUACAUUUUAUCGUUAUUUUUUUAAAUUACACAUGCUAAACCCAUGUAAUAAAUAACAAAUUGAAAGAUAAUAAAAAUAAGGCGUUAUUGCUUAAAA